AUGGACUUACGUAAAAGAAGCGGUCGAAAAAAGCCACAAUUUGCUCAUCAAUUGUGGAAUAUAUAUGAACGUGUUGCCGAUGACCUUCCGCGUUCAAGCAACUCAGCUGAAGGCUGGCAUAGCGCAUCUGCUAAUCGUGUUUCGAUCAGUCAUCCUACAGUUGCCAAAUUAGCCGACAAAAUUCGUCGAGAACAAUCAAAAUUUGAAGUUGAUAUCGCACAAAUUCGCCAAGGACAUGAACCAAACCAAAGAAAGCGUCGUAUCGAAAACGCGAUGAUCGAAUUAAACGUUUGGUGA